UUUCUGAAGCUCGAAAAAAAAAAUCGUAAGCCCGCUCGCUAUCCUCCCCCUCCAUUUCCCGCUCCAAGCUCUGCAGCUUCAAAACUCUUCACCAUACGCAGGCUCCCUCUCAAGGCUAUCAUUUCGAGUUUACUCUGGACUUAACCAGCAUAUGCAAUUAGAGUUAUUGGGCGGUUCUUCCGUCCUCAGCUCGCCACAUUCAGCUCCUUACAGGCAGAGAAUGGCAGCCUUUGGCGCUCUUUCACUGUGUCCCUGCAGCCCACUGUCACGCCCAUAUCACACAGUUCGUACUAUUUAUUGUUGCAAUGGAUCCCCUACAGUUAUAGGCAAAAAUGUCUCUAAAGUACCACGCAAGAGACUGGGAAGAUUGGAAGGUGCUAGAAAAAGCAUGGAAGAUUCUGUUCAACGCAAGAUGGAACAGUUUUACGAAGGUUCAGAUGGUCCACCCCUCCGUGUUCUUCCAAUUGGUGGUCUUGGUGAAAUUGGGAUGAAUUGUAUGCUCGUUGGGAACUAUGACCGAUACAUUCUGAUUGAUGCUGGUGUCAUGUUUCCCGACCAUGAUGAGCUCGGUGUCCAAAAAAUUAUACCUGAUACCACAUUUAUCAAAAGAUGGAGUCACAAAAUUGAAGCUGUUGUUAUUACACAUGGUCAUGAAGAUCACAUUGGUGCGUUGCCUUGGGUAAUUCCAGCUUUAGAUUCCCAUACACCAAUAUAUGCUUCAUCCUUCACAGUGGAGCUUAUAAAAAAGCGUCUGAAGGAAAAUGGGAUUUUUGUUCCAUCUCGACUAAAGGUAUUUAAGACGAAAAGGAGAUUUACAGCUGGGCCAUUUGAAAUAGAGCCAAUUAGGGUUACCCAUUCCAUUCCUGAUUGUUGUGGAUUAGUUCUUCGAUGUGCUGAUGGUACAAUUCUUCAUACUGGGGACUGGAAGAUUGACGAAUCACCAUUGGAUGGUAAAGUCUUUGACCGACAAACUUUGGAGCAACUAUCAAAGGAAGGAGUGACCCUUAUGAUGAGUGACUCAACAAAUGUACUAUCUCCUGGAAGGACGAUUAGUGAGUCUGUGGUGGCAGAUGCACUUUUAAGGCGUAUCUCUGUGGCUAAAGGAAGGGUCAUCACCACUCAGUUUGCUUCAAAUAUACACCGCCUAGGAAGUGUGAAAGCAGCAGCUGAUUUAACUGGUCGAAAGUUGGUAUUUGUUGGCAUGUCCUUAAGGACAUAUCUGGAUGCAGCCUGGAAGGAUGGAAAGGCACCAAUUGACCCAUCGACCUUGGUAAAAGUGGAGGAUAUUGAUGCCUACGCUCCAAAAGAUUUGUUGAUUGUCACAACUGGCUCACAAGCAGAACCACGUGCUGCCCUAAAUCUUGCAUCUUACGGAAGUAGUCAUUCUCUCAAACUGAGCAAGGAAGAUGUAAUUUUGUAUUCGGCCAAGGUUAUUCCUGGUAAUGAAUCUAGAGUGAUGAAAAUGUUGAACCGUAUAUCAGAGAUCGGAUCAAACAUAAUAAUGGGUAAGAAUGAGGGGCUGCACACAUCUGGUCAUGGAUAUCGUGGAGAAUUAGAGGAAGUACUUCAAAUUGUUAAACCACAGCAUUUUUUACCCAUACAUGGAGAGCUUUUAUUCCUCAAGGAGCACGAAUUGCUGGGCCGGUCAACAGGCAUUCGACACACAACUGUUAUAAAAAACGGGGAAAUGCUUGGAGUAUCUCACUUGAGAAACAGAAGAGUUUUAUCCAAUGGUUUCACCUCUCUCGGGAAGGAGAAUUUACAGUUGAAGUAUAGUGAUGGUGACAAAGCAUUUGGAUCUUCAUCUGAGCUAUUCGUUGAUGAGAGACUAAAGAUUGCAACAGACGGCAUUAUAGUGGUCAGUAUGGAAAUCUUGCGACCCCACAGUGUUGAUGGUUUAAUUGAAACUGGCAUCAAAGGAAAACUGAGAAUCACUACUCGAUGUUUAUGGCUUGACAAGGGGAAGCUUUUAGAUGCACUUCAUAAAGCCGCUCAUGCAGCACUGUCAAGCUGUCCUGUAAAUUGUCCUCUGGCCCACCUGGAAAGAACUGUGUCUGAGGUUCUGAGGAAGAUGGUAAGAAAAUACAGUGGUAAAAGGCCUGAAGUCAUUGUCAUGGCUCUGGAGAGCCCUGGAGGAGUUCUUUCCGAGGAGCUUGAUACAAGGCUUUCGGGCAAGCCCAUUGCUGGAAUUGGGAUGUCAGCAUUGAGAAAAGCAGUUGAUGGACAGCCAACUAAGAGCCACUUAAACAAGAUAAGACCAAAUGGAAAUGACGAUUUGCAUUCUGUGGAUAACUCGAGUCAUGAGUCUCAAGGUAACUAUAUUGAACCUGUAAGACUACUUCCUGAAGAAGACUACAGUUCCUCAAACUCCAACUUGGCUGAGAUACAAUCCUUUGAUAACGAGGGUUUGGAGGAUUUCUGGAGACCAUUUAUCAUGCCAUCAUCUGUUAGUGAAUUGGUAAAGGAGAACGAAGGUUCUGUUCAACAAUCUAAUAAUACGUUGGAGAUUACAAACGAAGGCGAAGGACAGGAUGACAAGUCAUUGAAAAUGUCAAAUUCUGACAUGAAGCCUUUGAAGCCCAUGAAACGCAAUAAAUGGAAACCUGAGGAGAUCAAGAAACUUAUUAAGUUGCGCGGGGAAUUAAAUGUCCGGUUUCAAGUUGCCAGGGGGCGAAUGGCCCUUUGGGAAGAGAUAUCCACCAGUAUGUCGACUGAUGGAAUAAAUAGGAGUCCAGGACAGUGCAAGUCUCUGUGGGCAUCUCUGAUUCAGAAAUUUGAGCAGGAAAGCAAGGGUGAAAAGAAAAGCAGGAAAAGUUGGCCAUACUUCGAGGAAAUGAGUGGUAUAUUGUCUGAUUCAGAGGCACUGGCAUCAAAAUGAGGGGAUACUGUAAGAACAGAAAACUGAAAGUUUCGAAGAAAUGUAGCAACAUUUGUUCCAUAGAGCAUGGAUAAUGGUCAUGAUUAUUAAGAAACAGCUAUUUUUACACGAUUCGAUGUCUCGGUAUCUCCUUGAUAAUUGGCCACAGCAAUGAGAAAGCAGAUAUAUGAAACUUAUGACCGAUGAAGCCCGCUUCUAUCUUUCGAGGCAUGCUACUGCUACCAUUUCUGGAGCUUGGGAAUGGUCCCUUCUUUUCCUACAGAACAUUUCAAAAAAGUUAAGGAAAAUAUAUUGGGAUGAGGCAAACAAUGAUCAAAAGAAAUGGAGAUUCCAGAACAUAUGAUUUUGAAGCUUGAGAGCCGUUUGGUUUUUUCCAUGCAUUAAUACAUACACAAAUUUAGGCA